GCAACUUUCGCAGAAUCCACCUUAAAAUCUCUGCCUUAAACUGCACCAGCCCCCAAAAAAUCCAAGGGGGGAAAAGAAGGGGGGGAGAGCAGAUUCCCCCCUCCCCCCUCUCCUCUCCCAUCCCUCCCCCUUCCUCCUCCCUUUGAGUUAACAAGGCCCCGCUCACUAUAUCUCUUUAUAUUAAAUAUAUAUAUAUAUUAGAGAAGAGCGAAGGAGAGGGAGAACCACCUCCGCCCCCUCUCUCUCUUUUUUUAAAUUUUUAUUAUCAUUAUUAUUAUUUUAUUUUUAUUUUUAUUUUGCAAGGAUCCCAAGAGCUAAGGUGGCUGCAGAGGGGAGAGCGGCGCGAGCCAAGUGGGGGAGGGUGGAGGAAACCCGGGAGAAGGCUUUCUCCAGCCCCCAAAGUUUUGAUGAUGACCAUGACUACGAUGGCUGACGGCUUGGAAGGCCAGGACUCGUCCAAAUCCGCCUUCAUGGAGUUCGGGCAACAACAGCAGCAGCAACAGCAGCAGCAGCAGCAGCAGCAGCAGCAACAGCAGCCGCCGCCGCCGCCGCCGCCGCCGCCGCCGCAGCCGCACUCGCAGCAGAGCUCCCCGGCCAUGGCAGGCGCGCACUACCCUCUGCACUGCCUGCACUCGGCGGCGGCGGCGGCGGCGGCGGCCGGCUCGCACCACCACCACCACCAGCACCACCACCACGGCUCGCCCUACGCAUCGGGCGGCGGCAACUCCUACAACCACCGCUCGCUCGCCGCCUACCCCUACAUGAGCCACUCGCAGCACAGCCCUUACCUCCAGUCCUACCACAACAGCAGCGCGGCCGCCCAGACGCGAGGGGACGACACAGAUCAACAAAAAACCACAGUGAUUGAAAACGGGGAAAUCAGGUUCAAUGGAAAAGGGAAAAAGAUUCGAAAACCUCGGACCAUUUAUUCCAGCCUGCAGCUCCAGGCUUUAAACCAUCGCUUUCAGCAAACUCAGUACCUGGCCCUUCCCGAGAGAGCUGAACUGGCAGCUUCCUUAGGACUGACACAAACACAGGUGAAGAUAUGGUUUCAGAACAAACGCUCUAAGUUUAAGAAACUGCUGAAGCAGGGCAGUAACCCGCAUGAGAGCGACCCUCUCCCGGGCUCAGCGGCCCUGUCGCCGCGCUCGCCGGCGCUGCCUCCGGUGUGGGACGUUUCCGCCUCGGCCAAGGGCGUCAGUAUGCCCCCCAACAGCUACAUGCCCGGCUAUUCGCAUUGGUACUCCUCUCCACACCAGGACACGAUGCAGAGACCACAGAUGAUGUGAGUUAUCCGAGGGAAAUCGAUACCCUAGGGAAACGUCUGAACAAGGCAAGGAGGAUCCGGGACCUGCUUGCAUCUGCCAAACCGAGCCAAGGAGCAGGCUUGGGAGGACUCUUAUGUGUGGCCAGACCGUCUGGGUGCUUGCUCCCUCUCUCUCUCCUCUCCCUUCCCCUCAGCCUCUCUCUCUCUCUCUCUCUCUCUCUCUCUCUCUUCCUUUUUUUGCCUCCCUCCUUCCUUCCCACCUUUUUUUUUUUUCAUUUCCUUUCUUCAUCUGCCUUUUCCCUUGAGCAGCCUCAGUAAUUGAUUUUGCAUCUUAGAGAGAGAGAAGGAGAGAUAGAGGUACAGAGAGGAUGGGGGGGACUGGUUUCUGUGCCAGCACUCCUGAAACCUCUCACUGUAAGGAUAUUUUCCCUUACCCCUUGGGAUCCAGGCGCUGAGCCUCUUUUUCUCUUUGGGAGUAUCCAUCAAAAGGACUUUUUUUAACAGACAUUUUCCCCCACCAGAAGAAUCUGCGCAAACAUGGCAGCGUUUUUACUUGUUUAAUGAGCUUAAGACAUUACAUGAUGAAAGAGAAGCAUUUCGGACUCCUGCAUUUUUAUUUACAAUCCCAGACUGACGAAAGAAAGAAAGAACGAAAGAAAGAAAAAAAGAGAGAAAGAAAAAAGAAAGAGAGAAAGAAAGAGGGAGGGAGGAAGGAAGGAAGGAAGGAAGGAAAGAAAAAAGAAAACCUCACAUAACAGCCCUACUCUAAGGAAAAAUCAGCUGUAAGAUUAGAACGUUGCCACAGAGGGAACGCUGCAUGUUUUAUCAAAAUGCAAUGAGCAAGAAUGAUGAUUUAAACAAAACAAAACAAAACCACUUUUCCCCCACCCCUACCCCCAAACCCUGAACUGGAAUCAGGAAAGACAGAGGAAACAACCAAAAUCACCAUUCUAUUGCUUUGACAUCUUUACUAGGUGAAUUGGUGGCAUUCACUAAGCUAAUAGGGACAUUUAUAUCAAGAAACAUUUCUGUAUAUAUUGUUGAAUUUUAGUUGUACAUAUACUUUGUAUGUUUUUGUCUUCUUUCAUAUAUGGAGUAAAAGCCACAAAACGC